CGGUGUCACCGUCACCAGCAAGCGAACAGCGCUGAUCGCAUCGCCAACGAUCACUUUAUUCCAUUAGACUUUGUUCGGGGAUAAAAACAAAGCGGGGCCUGUUCUGCCGGCCGCCUCGCCGCGCGCUCCGCUCCGGUCGCCCGGCGAGAUGCCGCUGGAGCGCUUCGACGUGCGGAUCUUGUCCCGGGAGCUGGUCCGGGCCUCCGACCCUCCCCCGGGCUUCCCGGCCGUGCACGCCGUCUCCAACCUCGACCUCCUCCUCGGCCCCUUCCCCAUCUACCUCGUCUGCAUCUACCCGCCCCCGCCGGGCGGGCUGGGCCCCGUGCUCGCGGCCGUCCGCGCGGCCCUCCCGGCCUACCUCUCCCGCUUCUUCCCCUUCGCCGGCCGCGUCGUGCGCCGCCCGGACACCAACGUCCCCGAGGUCGCCUGCGACAACGCCGGCGCCGAGCUCGUCGUCGCCGACGCCGCCGGGGUCCCCCUCGCCGCCGUCGACUUCGCGCGCGUCGACCGCUCGCUGGGCAUGGUCCAGAUCCCGUUCGACGCGGGGCUCGCGCUGUCGCUGCAGCUGGUCCGGUUCGCGUGCGGGGGGUUCGCGCUCACCGUCGCCACCAACCACCUCCUCGCCGACGGCCGGGCGUUCGUCGUGCUGCUCAACAGCCUCGCGGAGAUGGUCCGCGCCGGCGGUGGGGCGCUCUCCCGCGGGCCUGUGCUCGACCGGUCGUCCCUGCUCCCCCCGCGGUCGCCGCCGGUGUACGGCCCGUCGCUGGACGCGGAGUUCGCGAGGUUCACGCCGGCGACCAUGAUCAACCCCCUCCUGGCCGCGGCCAUGGAACGGCGCCUCUACCGCAUCGACGCGGCCGACCUCGCCGGGCUCCAGAUCGCGGCGUCGUCCGGCGAUGGCGGCCGCCGCACCUCGCGCUUCGUGGCGCUGUGCGCGCACGUCUGGAAGCUCCUGGCCCGUGCGGUCGGCGACUCCGACCCCAACUGCCGGAUGGCGUGGAUCGUGGACGGCCGGAAGUGCGUGGAGCCGUCGGAGGGCGCGCUGGACAUGUACAUGGGGAACGUGGUCACCUACACGGCCCGCGAGGCGAGCGUGGCGGGGCUGCUGCGCGCGCCGCUGCACGAGGUGGCGGCCGCCGCGCGCGCGGCCAUGGCGUCGGUGAUGACCAGGGGCAGGUUCCAGGAGCUGGUGGACUGGGUGGAGGUGAACAAGACUGCGUACAAGGACGGCGGGAAGUGGACGGAGGCGGUGAACCUCGGCCUGGGCAGCCCGGCGCUGGUGAUCUCCGGCCUGCUCCCGUUCGCCAUCGACGGGGACCUGGGGUUCGGGAAGCCGAGGCUGGUCCUGCCGUGGCUGCGGCACGGCCGGCUGGGGUCGGCGUCGGUGACGGUCGUGCCCUGCCCGGGCGGGGACGGGUCGUGGUUCGUGGGCGGCACGAGGCUGUGGCCGCGGCUGGUGGAGGUGAUCGAGGCCGGCCCGGAGAGCCUGCUGAAGCCGGUGACCGCGGCGAGCCUGGGGUUCGAGGCGCCCCACGGCUCUCGUCUGUGAGCUCGCGGCGAGCAGGUGCUGUGGUUCUCUAGAUAUUCAGUAACUUGUAGAGCUCAUUCAGAAUAGAAGCACUGGGUAAAAUUCUUGUGCUAUUUCUCUUUGAGAUUCAGAAAUAUGUUCUUCCGGGCAAGCAGAUUCUCUGCAAGUCUUGUGAGCCAAUAUAUAAACAACUGAAGUUUUGGUUGGUUUUUCCAUUAGGCA